UACCAGGUGCGCCAUAUUUUAUAUCGGUAUUCAAACAUCGAAUGACUUUAAUAUUUACCAACCGAGUGAUUUGGUUAUACGUGUUUCUGAAACGUCAAUUUACUACAAUUUUAGUUAUUGAAAAUCGUCGUUGUGUUAACGCAACGUGCAUAUCGUCGACAAUAUCGUGCCAAACAGGCACCGUCUGA